AUGGCUCGAAAAGCCUCACUUUUGAGGGAGGCCUUGCUUUCAUAUGUCACCAGUGGAGAUGAUGCUCUAGUUUUGGGUUCUUUGAAUGUGCUGGCCACAUUGUUGCAAACGAAAGAACUGGAUGAAUCAAUGUUAGAUGCUCUUGGAAUCCUCCCCCAACGCAAACAGCAUAAGAAACUCUUGUUGCAAGCUUUGGUUGGUGAAGGCUCAGGUGAAGAGCGGCUUUUUUCCUCAGCAAGUAGCCCAUUAAAAGAUGGCAUAAAUAGUGAACUAGCCAGCUACCUACAAAUGUUAAAGGAUCAAUAUGGAGUCUCCCUUUCAUGCCCAGAUGUUGGAACCAACUCUCAGGUACAUAGAUUUCAGGUGCUCGAUGCAUUGGUCAGUCUUUUCUGUAGGUCAAAUAUCUCUGCAGAAACGUUGUGGGAUGGGGGUUGGCUUUUGCACCAGUUGCUUCCUCAUAGCGAGGCAGAGCUCAACAGGCAUCAUCUUAAAUUACUUGAUGAUUCAUAUAAGGAAUGCUCUAGUAAAUUGUUUGAGGAGGCAAGAGGAACCUGGCCUGAUAUACUUAUUACAGUCCUUUGUGAUGAGUGGAAAAAGUGCAAAAGAGCAAUUGAGGCCUCAUCUCCUCGGACGGAGCCCAAAAGCACACUCUUACCAUCACAAAAGUCCUCUUCCGAAGAACUCAAUUCCAGUGAAUCCUCUUUCAAUGCUGGUGAAAGAAUGUGUGAGUUGGUGAAGGUGUUUGUACUUCUUCAUCAGCUACAAAUAUUCUCCCUUGGAAGAGCUGUACCUGAUCUACCUCCCAUCUUCCCAUCGCUUGAUGUCCUAGAAAACUGGCGAGCAAAAACAGCUGGCGUGGACGUUUCAGUUGAUGCAGUGCCUUGUAGAGUUGCAUUUGAGAGGGGUAAAGAACGCCAUUUCUGCUUUCUAGCAAUUUCCAUGGGAGCCUGUGGGUGGGUUGUCCUUGCAGAAGAAUUAUCUCUGAAACCAGAUUAUGGAGUUGUUCGUGUGGCUGCACCUUUGGCUGGAUGUAACCCCAGAAUAGAUGAUAAGCAUUCAAGAUGGCUACACCUUCGAAUCCGUCCAUCAUCUUUUCCCUUCACAGAUACUGCAAAGUUUGCUGCCCAUGAAAAAGUUAAGACAAAAGUUUUGGUUGAUGGGAGAUGGACCUUGGCAUUUCGGGAUGGGGAGUCCUGCAAAUCUGCUUUGUCUAUGAUUCUUGAAGAGAUUAAUUUACAGAGCAGCGAGGUAGAGAGAAGACUAAAAUCUAUACUCGACCUUGAAGGAACUGUAGAUACUUCAAAUCCUUCUCGCCCGCUAGAGGCAUCAUCUUCAAGAACUACACCUUAUUCUUUGUAAGUUCUCUACUAAUUUGAGUUUCUUCUUUUUCUUAUUCCUCCCCCAAUAAUAUUGUUUUACAGAUGGGGUGGGAAUAUCUUCAGUCCAGCCACCCUUUAAUAUGUUGAUAAGACAACAAUAGGUACAUAGAAAUGUAGAUUAGAGCAUUGUAAUUAGUGCCAUUGUCAAGAUAUUAGGUUGCCCAAUUUCCUCUGAUUUUAAGGUUCAUUGACAUUCACUCAUUCUUUUAACAGCUUGAGCCAAGUCUCUCUCUUUUUUUUUUUUUGGUCUCGAUUUGUAAGUGGUCUAAUAUUGUAACGUCG